AUGUUAGUCCUUAUCGCGGGCAUUACAGGAAACCUAGGCCAGCCACUGGCCGAGAGCCUACUCAAGCGCGGCCACCAAGUCCGCGGCCUGGGACGAACGCCGGACAAGCUCAAACCUGGCCUGCGCGAGCGCCUCGAAAGCUUCAUCACCAUCUCCGACUAUGAUGACCUCGCGGGUCUCGGCAAAGGCGUGGUCGGCGUCGACGCGGUCGUCUGCGCCUACGCGCCGCUCCAAAUCCUGCACCUCGAAGGGCAAUUGAUGCUCUGGCGUGCGGCCGAGAAAGCAGGGGUUCAGCGCUUCAUCUCCGCGAGCUGGACGUACGAUUGGCGGAAAAUGACGGUGGGACAGCAUGAGACGUACGAUCCGAUUUUGAUGUUCGCGCGGCAGACGGCGCUCACGAGCGAAAGAUUGAAGCCGGUAUAUAUCUUCAACGGGGUUUUGGCCGAGACGUUGUUCGCGGUUCCCGGACACGGAAAUUUCUCACCUGCACACAACGGCGUCUGGGAUCCCGCCACGAAGGAGAUGCACAUCUGGGGCCCGAAGAGCGUAGUCUGGCAUUGGACGACCGAGGCCGACUGUGCGGAAUUUACGGCGGCGAUCCUCGAGCGUGCGGAUGCUGAGGAGGUGCAAUACUGGUCCGUCUGUUCCGGAGAGGGAACUCUUGAGGAGAUCGCGAACGAGUAUGGUCGGAUCAGAGGCUGCGAGGUGAAGGUCAUCGAAAAGGGCGAUCUUAACGCUCUACGCGAGAAUGCCUAUGGGGCGCGCGCCAAGGGGACUCCGACUUUCUUCUGGAUGUAUAUUGGCUGGUUUUACCAGCUUUUCACCGUAGAUGGGACUUGGCCGCUGAAGAACCUCGACAACGGGAGAUUAGGAGUGAAGACUACCACGCUUGAGGAGUUUUUGGCGCAGAAUCCUACUAUUUAG